GUGUUCCAUAUUCCAAUGCUAAAGCGAAUUUUCUCGCUUGGAAGUUGUGUGUAGAUUUUAUAAAAAUAUUUUAAAUUAAAUAAAAUAUAAAAAAGAAUUAAACACAAAAAUGGAUAUCGUAAAAGAAGUACUAGAGAAACAACAGCGUGAAUUAGACAAAUACAAAACUAUAAAUGUUGAAAAACAUUUAGAAGUUCGUUUGGAUGUAGGAAUGAUGUUGUGCUCUGAUCCAAAUGAUUUGGACGAGGAAGAAUUAAAAAAUAAUAAAGAAAACUAUUUAAAAGACCUGACAAGAGAUAACACACAGAUAUUGAUCAAUGCAAUUUGGGAACUACCUACAGAACGUGUUGAUGAAUGUAUAGUUGCCAAACUGCCGGCUCCCACAACAAUAUUGCCGCGUCUACGAAAGCCUCCCGGUCCUAAACCACUUACCAAAUGGGAGAAGUUUGCAAAGGAAAAGGGUAUCAAGAAGAAGAAGAAGGACAAGAAGGUGUUCGAUGAAGUUUUGGACAAAUGGGUGCCGACAUACGGUUUCAAGCGAGCUGAUGCAGAAAAACAAAGAGAUUGGGUUUUGGAGGUACCCAAAAAUGUCGACCCCGACUCAGACAUGUUCCAGAAAAAGAUUGAUUUGCGUAGUGAGAAGGUGGCCAAGAACGAAAUUCAGCGUAUGAAGAAUAUUGUUCGCGCGAGGAAACAAGAAGUACCCCGUUCUGGGUAUCUUGGUGCCGAAGCAGCUUCGUCCAGCCAGCUACUGACAGCCGUUACAGUAGCAAAAUCAUCUACAGCAUCAGUUGGUAAAUUCCAAAAUAAGUUACCUAAAGAGAAAGAAGCUCGUGGUAUUGGUGUCAAAGAGCUUAUUCCUGGUGCUAAGCGAAAGGCUUCACAUUUGAGUGAUGUACCUGAAAAAGAAGCUAAUUUAGACCUUAUCAAGAGUGUUCUCAAUAAAAAGCCCAAGUUCGAUAUUGAAAAAGCUAUUUCGUUGCAAAAGAACGAAGCUAGAGCUGAAAGAAACAACCAAGAAGCUGAAGAAGGUGGUAAAAGAAGCAAAAAAAGGAAAGGAGGUGGUAAGGGAAGUCGUAAAGCGGCCAAAAAACCCAAAAGCAAUCAAGGUCAAAGAGCGCCCAGCAAAAAAGCAUCGAUGGGCAAAAAGAGGCGUUAAAUAUUUUCCGAAAUACAAAUCUUGUUUUUAAUAAUUAACAUAAGUUGUAAAGAUAUAAUAAAACAUUUUCACUUAAAAAAAAAAAAAAUCAAAAAUUC